CUUGUGACGUCACAAACGCUUUCGAAACGUUCCGAACAUUCAAACCGGAAGUGACUCGUGACAAAUGGAUAUUAAAUGUACAUAUUUUUGGUUCUGUUAGAGUUCAACAUUUCACAUUAGGCGAGCUAUUAAUUUGUAACCCGAAAUGGACGCGAGGUUACGCUGGUAAAGGCUUCCGGCCUCGGCGCGGUCCCUGGUCCGCCGGAUCGCUCCCGCUCUCUGUACGGAGCGGCGGCUCAGUCCCCGGCCUGACACGCCCCCGGCGUGCCGUACACGUCGCAGCUCCCGGAGCCCCGAACGCCAGGCGGCGGCCAGAGCUUAGCGAGGCCGGAAAAAGAUGGCGGCGCCCGUGCUGAGAGUGUCCACCCCGCGGUGGGAGCGGACAGCCCGGCUGCUGGUCUGCCUACUGGGGGCCCUGCUGUCUCUCUACGCCUUCCAUGUGGAGCGGGAGAAGGCGCGGGACCCUGACUACCAGGCCAUGUGCGACAUGGGCACUUCCGUCAGCUGCUCCAAGGUGUUCACCUCCAGGUGGGGUCGAGGAUUUGGCCUGUUGGGGUCCAUUUUUGGCACAAACAGUGUGCUGAACCAGCCAAACAGUGUCUAUGGACUUUUCUUUUAUGGAUUGCAGCUGUUACUAGGGAUGACUGUCAGCGCAGUGGCUGCCCUGAUCUUAAUGACCACGUCGAUCGCAUCUGUUUUGGGCUCCUUGUACCUAGCCUACAUUCUCUAUUUUGUCUUGAAGGACUUGUGCCUCAUCUGCAUCACUACGUAUGCUCUGAACAUCAUCCUGUUUAUCCUCAACUAUAAGCGAUUGGUUUACUUGAACGAGGCUUGGAAGCAGCAACUUCAAACCAAGAGGGACUAAAGCAGGAAAAACAAAACAAACAAAAAAAAAAACAACAAAGACCUCUGAACUUCUGUCUCACCACCAGGAGAUCUUGCUUCCAAACAAUUUCUUUUGCAGUUAAAACACUUUUGUUGGACAGAGAACACAUGUUAUAUAAAAGGAAGGAUGUAAGGAAAAUUGACAUUCUUGUCUUUCUUUUUUGCCCCCACAUGACUAUUUUAUAAGGGAUGGGGUUUGGAUAACAUGAAGGACCAAGCGCUGGUGGAAUACUCCAGUAGUGACUGUGGAGGUCGCAAAUGGAUUUAACAGUACUUAAAUGGAUAGGGUGAAUAAUCAUUUAGGCCUAAACUCUUAGGGAGCGAACCGUGGCGAUAAGUAAAUGCAUGAUUAAUUUGUUUUAUAGUCUAGAAACUGUUUCCUGACAAAUGGUAUUGACUAAUUGCACCUCCAGAUACGUUGAGUUUAUUGUUUUGAAGAGGACCACUGAGGCACAUUCACUUCUCAGAAUGGCUGCUGAAGGCAGCUCCAGGCUAGCUUGUUUUCAUUUUGACCAAAAUCUAAAAAGCCACCAUCUGGUAGGAUAAUGAUUGCACUACCAAAUUUGUAUGUGUGUGUGUGUGUGUGUGUGUGUGUGUGUGUGUGUGUGUGUGUGUGUACAUCGUAUAUUCCACCAUCCAGGUAAGGAAUGAAGCACGCUAUCCUCUGUUGUAUGGAAGAGUAAAGUUCUCUUGCCAUUUUCGAAAUCCCACAGGGGCCAUGGCUCAAAGGGACUUGGGGUGUUUCAUCCGCCGUCUAUCUUCAGUGUCGGUUUUGGCCGAGGUACGACUCCUGAAUCUGGACGUCACGCUCAUCACAGAAUCGUGUGCCUAUGACGGUUAUUCCUCUAGUGGGGUUUAUAUUCUGAGAUAUGUUGUUCUUUCUGCUCAGCUCUUUUUUUUUUUUUUUUUUUUUUUUUUUUUUUUUUUAAUCGUUUAUCUCUGAGGACAUAAAUGCUUUUAAAAACAUUAUGAACUCCUCAGUGAGGUCUGUGAUGGAUCUUUCUGCAGGCCAUUCAGAUAGUAGGGUGUCAAGCAGGCCCAAGGUGGGGUCCCUUUGUUGCAGUGAUGGUGAUGUCCCAGUGUUUGUGUGUGUGCACCAAGCUGCGCUCAACCGCAAUACAGAAAUCCUCUCUGUAGCCUGAUGACCAUUCUGCGUUUUAUUGAAGAUUCCAUUGGUGAAGUUCUUUGUUAAAACAGAGCUCUUCCACAGGAGCGGAGUCAGUCCACAGCUGUUAGCGCUGCCUACCCAUAGAAACCCAGGCUGAUGUGAUCAUCUGUAAAUGUAUAUUUUUGCACAAAAUGUGCAUACAAAAAAAGUUCAGAAGUCAUAUUGGCUAAAGGGCAACGCUGUGGUCUCUGUGUACUCUCAUUGGCUGAAAGGCAGUUCUGUGGUGUCUGUGUGUAGUCUCAUUGGCUGAGGGCAUCUCCGUGGUCUCUGUGUACUCGUUUGUGUUCAUCAUCCCCGGGCUCCGUCCAUAUGUGUGUAUUGUUGAAAUGUACAGUACUUCACUGAUACUGUCAGAAUAAAUGUUCAACAAAGGUUAUUCUGGAUUCUAAUCUGGUUCUUUUAAGAAGCACCAAAUGUAACGGACUUUAUGCUAAUAGUACUAAGAUUAUGGUGCUUAAAUACAUCCUCAUUUAAAUUUUAAAUUUUUUUCAUUCAAACUUCCAACAUCAGUACAUAUGCUUCUAAUACUUCAUGUUCUGUGUAUCUUCCCAUGUGAAUUGCAUAUACGGUCAGCUUAGAUGUAAAUCCAUCCAAACUGUGGUGUAAUGGAUUACAAGUUAAAACCCAUAAUCGUUACUUAAGUGAUAGUGACCUUAAUGAAAGGGGUCUAGCAUUCGAUACAGGGGUGAUAAAGUUGAAUACCUGAAAAAAUGCCAGAAAAAAAUUACACCUAAUCAAAAUUGAUGUUUGGAGGUGAAAUGGUGGAAAUAGCCAAUGGUAUAAAUAAAAUGAGAGUUCUGGGGUUUAUCUGUUAUUUGUAGUUGUGUGUCAGAAAGGUGGACAUGCCUCAUCCAUGUCUAAGAUGCUGUUGGGUAACGUUUACAUCAUUUUAAAGUGACCACUGUGCUGUCAUGUAAUUUUAAUUUUUGGACAUACACUGUAAAGUACUUGCUUAUGUGCACUGUUGUACUGUGAUACUUGCAGAUGAUGAGCUUCACAUGGGUUGUUUUUUGGGAGAUAAUGUAUUAUUUUUUUUUAUUGGACAGUUGUCAGCUUUGUUCAUUUUACACGCAGAUAGAAGCUUCCAGAGUGAAGUCCCCUGGUUUUGGAGCCUACUAUCGUAACAGGAAGCUUAAAAUGGUAUGAAGAACAGUUUUAAUGUACUUGCAACAGUGGAUUGCCUUGAAACGCUGAUCAGCCCAAAGAGUGCCUUCUCAAGAGUGGUAAACAGGCACUUCUGUCAGCUUCAUUGGGAAAUAUACCGAUUGUCACACAUCCUCCACACGUUAUUCGCCGCAAUGAGCAUUUCGGGGGAAAGGAUCGCCCACUAAAACCUUGUUUUGUAGUAAGAUUGUGCAGUUUUGUUUGUUCACCCCAUGGCGUUCCUUAAGACUCAAACUUCUUUUUUAAAUCACAUUUUUGUCUGUUAGGAGUUGUCUGUCUAGUGAAGCUGUUAUUUCUCUCCUCAUGUUACAUGCAGGGGCAAAAUACCAUCACUGAGAACUUGAACUAUAUGAGCUUAACACCAGGGGUUUUUAGUAGAUGAUUAAAUGAAUUGGGGUGGGGGGGAUGGUUGCUGGUGGAGACCUUAAAAGAUAUGUUUCUGUAUUUGCCAAAUAUCUGUUGUUUAAAUGCUGUCUUUUCUUACAUAAAGUGUUAAUGGUGGCUUGGAGGACGGAGCCCCGGAAUGGUGUAAGAUCCACUGUGUGAUGGAGUCACCGUGAUGCUGGGAUCCUUGUCGUUGUUGUGUGGAAAUCGUCGAACAUUAAAACAUUCCCUCCGAA